AUAGAGUGAUGGAAUCAAAGAAGCAAGUGGCGCUAGACUGAUUGCAAUGAUGUAACUAGUACGUGGGUCAGAACACGUCUAAAAUGGCUGAUGAACAGAACGACUACUAGAAUUUCCGAUUGGAUUUCUCUCGAAACUCUCUCACUCCUCGGCUGAUGCUAAGAGAAUUGCUUUGUGUCUCUACAUAUGUUUACUACUAUCAUUGUCAGAUGAGGGAUACAUUUAUGUUUUGUGGGUUUGGAAACAUGUUAAUAGUUUAUCUAUGGAUAAAUGUUCAUAAUAUUAUGUUAGUGAAUUAGUGUAUUCAGUUUUUAAAAUGAGACUUAAUUCCGGUCAUUUAUUCGUGGUAAAAUUUUGCGUAUUGACAAACAUAAUUUGUUUUUCACCUAUGCCAAAGAGGACAUCCAAAACAAAUAGUGAGUUAAUAAAGUUGUGUUACACCAACUUAGUGAAAACAUUGAAUACUUCAUUACAAAUUUUUUGUCGUAAUAGACAGUCAUUUACAUACCAUAACAUUGAUGGUUAUUAACCACACAUACUAGCACCUCCACUGCAGUGUUGCAAGAUAAAAUCAUGGAGGAAAAAGAUGAUUCAUCAUCGGAAACGGUGAUAGCAAAAGAGAGCGCGCAGCAGGCCAGUGUGACGGAGGGGACGCAGACCCGAGACGACUGCAGCGCUCCGGGUGACCAGUGCCAGGACUGCCCGCCGCUGCUCCGCAGGGCUGCCAGGGAGCACCACCUAGCGCAGAACCCCUUCACCAUCUCCGACGCGCUGCGAGGUCUGCUGGGCCCCUCGCUGGACGAGAGCGUGCUGGAGACGUGUCAGCUGAUCGAGGACUGGGGCGGGGACGACUCCGCACGGCAGCGGAGGAGGCUGCGGCGAGGGCAGAGGAAGGUGCGCCUCGCCAAGAAGGAGAAGGCGUGCCUGGAAGACGAGCUGCGGAGAGUCGAGGACGAGAAGAAGCUGGCGGCGGAAGAAGCGACGGCCAUAUGCCAGUUGAAGGCCUCCGUAGCAGAACUGAGAGAGAGGCAUGCGCAAAGGGAACGCGAGCUAGAACUCCUGGUUACCCAGAUUGAGAGGGAACGGGAAAAACUAAACCAGGAAAAAUUGUAUGCAGAGCAGAAGAAAUUAAGUGCUGCAGAGGAAGACUCUGUGUCUAAGAACAUAGUCCCAAUGGAGAAGACUCCAGUGUCCACAACAAAGCCCCUGUCUCAGAAUAACAAAUCCAAAAGGGAAACUGGGCCUUUAAACAUUUGUGAAAGUGAAUUUUUCAGAGACUUCAAUGACCAAGCAAAAAAAAUAUUUACAGAGUGUACUGAACAUGAAGUGAAGACUACUUCAGAGAGAUGUUAUAAAAUGAACAUCACUAGUUCUGUACACCAUGAAAAGACAUUAACACUGGAACAGCACUGUGUGAACGAGGAUGUACCAGAGAAAGCCCCGAAGGCUAAGCCUGGACCCAGCAACGAGACUUCUGAACAGAAGUGUCCUGAAAUCAAGAGGAAAAGGAAGAAAACUAGGAGCAUGCUGAGGAUGGCUCAGGGGUUCAAGAGCUUGCAGUGCAACCUGGCGGAGCUGACGCCCUCGUCGUGUGAAGAGCUUGACGAGCGGGCGAGGAACAAGCCACGCAGCAGUCCCAGCGAGACGUGCAGUUGUGGGUCCGUGCCGACGACACGCACUUCUGCAGCCUCCCCGAGCGGUCCCGAGGCGUGCGGGCAGCCGGUCGUCACCAAGACGCUGUGGGCCCUCACCAAGAUCAACAAGUUCUCAGACGGGUGCGAGGUGAUGGAGAUACGGGGGCCAUUUAAGAUGACGCCCGAGAACAUACCGACACAGGUUGACAAAAUGAUGGUGGUAAAUGGUAAACAUUUUGACUAACAAAAUUUUUAUCAAAUGUUUCUUGGUAUGAAACACAUUAUUUUAAUGUGAUAUUUUCCUUUUGUAUCAAAAAAUAGUUUGUGAACGGAUUGUUUAGUAAAUAGUUAUAUUUGUUCCUUUUUAAUAAAGCACUUUACAUUUUUUUAA